AAAUCAAUGGUUAACAGUAACGGUUUAUGAAUUAGCUUAAGUAAGUCUUCAUUGUGUGAAGCAACGCCGACAAUGACAGCUGACGAGCCUAUGUUGACAUGUUACAACCCAGGAUGCCAGGACAAAAAGUACCUGGCGAGUCAAAACUCAGAUUCUUCGUGUAGAUUCCACCCCAACAUGCCAAUAUUCCACGAUGGAAUCAAACGAUGGCCAUGUUGCAAGAAGAGCUCAUGUGACUUCUCCACGCUUCUAUCCUACCCUGGAUGUAUACAGGGACCACAUAAUCCAGACAAGCCAGAACCACCCGCGGUGGAUAAGUCGAAGGAGGAGGAAACGGCAAAGAAUGGAGAGGAAUCUGCAAAAGCUGACACUUCCAAAGUGAUGGAGCAAUUGUUUGCCUCUCAACAAGCCCCGAAACCUCAGGAAAUAAUCUCAGUUGACCGAAAUCCCAGUGAGCCGAUGGUCAAACUACCCGUCAAAGUGAUGCCUUCCCUCACCAACGCCCUAGCCAAACUAUCAUCUGAACCUAUCAAACUAUCAUCGGGGGAUGAAACCCUGAAGAUAAAUGACCCUACGCAAAUCUUGACAUGUGAAAACUUUGGCUGUUCAGUGAAGAUCACUCGAAGUGAAAUGGACUCGAAGAAUUGGCAGCUAGUUGAAGAUUGUCUGCACCAUCCGAAGCCUCCUGUUUUCCACGAAGGUCUGCAAUACUGGGGCUGCUGUCAGAAGAAACACACUGAUUUUGAGAAGAUGCGAAACCAGCCCGGAUGCUCUAAUGGGUAUCACAAAUGGACCAAGGGCAUUUCUAAGGCCAAGUGUCGCUUCGACCACUUCGACAACCCUGCCCUCCUCACCCUCAACAUCUACGCGAAGAACAGUGACCCUGGGGCGUGUGAGUUCGAAGCGAACAGCUGCAGAUUGAGGGUUAGGAUAGUGUAUGGAGUGGACAGACAGCAGUUCCAGAAGGAUUUCGACCUCUUCUCAACUGUAGAUGUCAGCAAAUGUUCGGUGAACUUGAAUGCCACCAAAGUGGAGGUGAAACUUAGUAAGAGUCCGAUGCAGUCUUGGAAAGCAGUGGAACAGAUACCUCCCCCUCCUACUCCGCCUGUGCCAAGUGAGAGCUGAGUUGCACCAACAUAGAUUCAAACAGAAACGGGUCUGAGGAGAAAGAAGGGAGAGUUUAAAGAAAGUGAAGUGAAAUGAAUAUAGACAGUCGCCUUCAAAAAGUUCGAACAUAUUAGCCAGAAUAAAGUUUGUAUUUUCUAAUCAGUGUUAAGUAGUAAGGCAACUAACUUACAAGUAAACUAACUGACCAAGUUAACACCCCUAAAGCAGUUUACCGGGUGCCAUCUUGGUUCUAAAUUAGAAUUUACAGCCAAUCAGAAUCAACUAUUUUAUACUCUGUGUUGAGUGAAUUUAAACCGGGCUAAAUAGUAGGAGUAAGAUCAUAACUUGUUCUAUUGGUGGUUCGAACUUCAACCCA